AACCGCGUGCUGGGAGUGCCAACAAAUGGGCUGAGGAAAACAAGCACCUGGAGCCAAAGUGGCACCAGCAGCAGGGGAGCGCACCGCAGCGGACCCUGCUAAUAGUCACCCCCAUGGAGCUCUGAAUCUGUCCGUGUCUUGCCUUCAUUUUUGCUCUACGUUGUUUUUCAUCCUUCCUCCAGUCCCUUCUCUAGGACUUUUGCCUGUGGCCUAUCCUCACCUCCAGCCGAAACCCACAAAACCCAAUUAUCAGCAGGCUAUUUCAGGUGCUGUGUGGUUUCGGAUGAGGAGCCAGACUUUUAACCUGCGUGCCUAAAAUAAUCCAGCGAAUCAGCAUCAAAACUCAAAUAAGGAACCGUUUCUCCAGGCACCGUCCUUAUAUCACAGUGCAUUCAGUAAUUAUUACCAGUCCUUAAUGAUCUUUUUUUAUUCUUAAAUCUCUAAGCUCAGGACAGCGGCUCCAUGGCUCAGGAUGAGAGAGAAGCAGGGAUGGCCAGCCCCACAAGCGAUCCGGAGGUGGGCAGGGACGGGGAAGAUCUGACAAAAGGCCCGGAGGUGCUCUGCGAAGGCCCUGAAGAGGAGAGGAGUGAGAAGGCUCUGCUGCGGGCGCGUCUGGAAGAGCAGCAUCGCCUCAUCUGUGUGCUGAAGAAGAAAGCAGAUGAUGCACGCAAGCGCUGCAAAGGCCUGGAGCAGCUCAACACGGAACUGGAGAAACUGAGGCUGGAGGAUGCCGUGAAACUGAAAACGCAGACCCAACGCAUCCGGCACUUGGAGGAGCGCUUCAUGGACCUGGCCAGCAACCACGAGAAAAUGAUCUACUUCAAGAAUGAGCACAAGAAGCAGAACACGCAGCUGUGGGAGGAGAAUCAGCGCCUGCGGCAGCAGAACGAGACUCUCUUUAGCCAAGCCGUGCGGGAGAAGGAAGCCGAAGUGUUCCAGCUCACUGCCAAGGCCCAAAAUCUCUCGCAGCAGUUAGACUCCUUACACAAGAAAUGCGCUUACGAGAGUCGCAGAGCCCAGGAGCGUGAGAAGGAGCUGCUGGAAGCUCAGAGCCAGCAGGCGAGUGCCCAUGCCUGGGAGGUCGAUUCGCUGAAGCAGCAGCUGCAGUGCCUCCAGGAGGAGCACCAACAAAUUGCCGCGCAGGUAGAGCGCGGAGAGAGCCAGCAGAAGGCUCCGGAUAGCGAGCUGCAGGCCAAGCUGGAGAGGGCAAAUGAGGAGAAAGAGCAGCUGCUGAACCUGGCCAUGGAGAGGGGCAAAGCCCUGCAGGACAAGCAGCUGGAGAUCGUGCAGCUGGGGAAGAGGCUGGAGAGAGCCAGGCUGCGAGCAGAGAAGCGCUUUGUUAAAGACACAGCAGCAAACUAUGAUCGGAUGGUCCAGGAGCUCCAGCAAGAGCUAGAGAGCAGCAAGCAGGCGUACAGCGAACUCUCGCUGCAGUUUGAUGCCUACAAAAAGCACAGUAUGGAUUUACUGGCCAAAGAAAAAGAGCUGAACGUCAAACUCCGUCACUUUAAAGUGUGACUUCAGCUUUCUGCUCUCAUCUCAGCAGGUGCCUCUGGUGUAACACAGCACUUCUUUUUGUUCCUUUUCAAGCGACCGUCUACCAGCCAGUCUCUCUGUAAUGUGCUUACCAGCUUAAAUCCUUCUGAAAAAACUGUUCUGUAGCCUGUUAUUUUUUUGUUACUUUUACAUAAAUAAGAGCUUGACACCAUUAAAUCUGAGCAGGGGUUGUCAAACUAACUAAACCACAUCAGAUCUGUAACAUGAAAGAUUAGCAUGGAAAACGUAAAAUAUGAAAUAGAUUUCAUUUGGUCCUAACAUGUGCUGUAUUACAGAUUUCACUUUUUUUUUUUUUUUUUUUUUUUUAAGAGUCAAAAGCACGUUGUUUCCCAAAAAGGACAAAACAUUAAAUGCUUAUUCUUUCAUACUUGAUUCUCUUUUGAAGUUCCAGCGAGGCUGAGCACUUAGGAGGCAUCUUUGAGGAUCCAAGAAAGAAAUCCCACCUUGCAUGAACAGUAAUAAGUCAGAAACUUAGUAGGUCAAACCAGUAAAAUUGCAGAAUACCUGAUGCUCAAGCAAGUUAUAGUUUUCCUACAGCCUUCUACAGUUCUCUUAGGCUUACUUAAUGUCAUAGCAUGAUUUAUAUUCCUGUUCAGCUCAAGAUCAAUUGAUAGGUCUUUUGCAUGAUUUCAAUAGUUUUUGAAACAGGCUGAGGUUCCAGGCAGUCUGCCAGUUUUGUGUGUUUCGUUUAUAGGUGUUUUCUGCAGAGAAAAUGGUAAUGCACAAAAUGAAAGGGCGGGUAGCUCUUGGUCCUGAGCAUCCAGAGCAGCCGUACCGUGUCAGACUAAGGAUGCACUGAGCCCAACAACCUCUGUGUGGAAGCGGCCAGGAGCAGAGGGCCUGGAGCUCCUCCAGCUUGUGACCAGUUUAUCUCAGGAGCUUACUGGAAUAGCUACGGUUUCUAGCAAUUAGCUGUCAAUUUAUCUUAGGAACUUCUCCUUGAAACCAGGUGAGACCACCUUGUGGCAUGAGGAACCCUCAGCCUUCAGUUCAUCUUGACGUCGUUUAUUGUGCCUCCCUUUCCAUCCCUGGCCAUGACUGUGUGGGAACAACCCCCCCUCCCCCAAAACCCCACUGUCUGGCGUGGGGGCAACCUAUGAGGGACCUGGUGGUUUUUCUUCUAGAGGAGGCUCAGGAGAGACCUUAUUGCUCUCUACAACUGCCUGAAAGGAGGUUGUGGGGAGCUGGAGGUUGGCCUCUUCUCGCAGGUUACUAGUGAUAGGACUAGAGGGAAUGGCCUCAAGUUGUGCCAGGGGAGGUUCGGGUUGGAAAUGAGGAGACAUUUCUUCUCAGCAAGAGCGGUCAGGUGUUGGGACGGGUUGCCCAGGGAGGUGGUGGGGUCACCGUUCCUGUGGGUGUUCAAGGCAAGGUUGGACGUGGUGCUUAGGGACAUGGCUUGGUGGGUGACAUUGGUGGUAGGGGGGUGAUUGGACCAGGUGAUCUUGGAGGGCUUUCCAACCUUAAUGAUUUUAGGAUUCUAAAACCAACGCUGUGCAUGCAGCGCCUGCCCCCCCCCGCCCCCCCAGUCCCCUCAACCCCCUCAUCCACUCAGGGGGUGCUGCUUCCCUCAGCCGCUGCCUCUCCCCGCCGCCCGAGCCCCUCAGGCACCAUUUGGCCACUCACCAGCACAGGGCAGGCCCGCAGAGGACAGGAUGGAGGUGGGGAAGGGGAGCUGCCACCACCGGGUCAGGGCCAGAGGCCUUGACCACCACCCUCACCGCCAGCCCACCAACGACCAGCACUAGGCACUGCCCGGCCACCAGCCGCCCAGGCUGCAGGAUGAGGAGCGGGUGGCCACCGGCAUCAUCCACCUGGACCACGAUGGGGUGUCAGUGGAGUUCUGCUCCAUCUGCGCUUGGUGGGUGUUGGCUUCCUACAAAAUGUAGGGUCGAGUACCUGCUGGAAGCAUUCAGGGGGUUCUUGUCUCCCCCAGGGGCCUCGUGUCGCAGAGGAGGAAGAAAGCAACGGUGCGGAGGAGGAUAAAAAUAAUAAAAAAAAAAGUACAGUGGUGAUGGAUGGUGUUGGGGGAGACAGAGAGGAAGGGAACCUGGAACUUAAGUUGGCCAGGGUGACAAGAGAUCUCGAAUGAAAACACAGAUAUAAAAGUGUACUGCAACUCAGUCAUACGUUCCUGUUAAAACCUCUCUGACAGCUUCUCUUUUAGGUGCUUGCCCUGCCUGGAUCCACUGUGUAGGAGUUAAAAAACAGUCAUUUUCCACCUCGCCACCCGGUAAGGAUCAAUACAUUCCCGUAAAGCGCCAUCAGACAGCUUGCUUUGUUUGUGCCAGUCUCGUGUCACGACCAGCUCAGGAAACAGUUUCUCUGGUCCUUGCCCUGCUCUGCCGUAGCGUUUCUAGCUCUGGGUGAUAACCAACAGUGAAAAAUACAGUCGUGUCCUCCUAAUUAGCUGAUUUCUUCUUUUCCUUUUAUAAAUUAAUAUGCACACCGUAGCCAGUAGACGAGCUACGUUUCGAAUUAAAAGUGAAUGCGUAUGCCAUUUGAAAUAGGAGUUUUCUGUUGAACUAUGUGUCUGAUGAGCUGAAAAGGGAAAAUAGUCUUUUACAGUGUGAUUACAAUACUGUGCUAGUAGCAUAGUGAAUAAGCAUCUCUCUCUCUUUUCUCCGAAGAGCUUAGCACCGCCUGUGGGGAACAUCUUUUAUCUGACUGAAGAGAUGAUAUCAAAAUAAAUGUAGGAAUUAUGUUCCCAAAACUUGGCAUCUCUUGGUUCUUCCGAAUCAUUAGAUUUCUCUUUGGUAAACUUACAAAAGGCCUUUGUGUUUUCCAAGUUCUUAAAAACUGUUCUCAAAAGCUUGUAAAGUUUUUCUGUGAGAAUUAACAAUCUUCUAUUUAUAGGGUUGUAUUUGCUACCAGUUAGACUGUAAAUAUUUCAGAUUUCCUAGUUACGGUGGCUAUUCAAAUAGGCUGUAUUUAAAGAAUACACUUUUAAACCCCAAAAGGGUUUAAAGAAGUCCCCACGGAUUAACAGUGUAAAACUGCAGCUCAGCAGCAGCCGAUUCUACAUUUUUUCACUCAAUUUAAAUGGGAUAUACAGACGUGGAGAAAUGA